UUUAUUUGCAUAAACUAUGAAAAUCCCAGUUAUUAAAUGAACGUUGAUACCAAACUGGCUGCAGCUGCUCUGACAUGUUGCAUAAAUCAGAGGUUCUGUUUGGGUCUGGAUGUGGAAACGUCCUGAGUGGUUCUGCUUUUCCAGCUCCGGAUCCUUCAGUCGGAGGAAAACUUGUAACUUUUUCUUCUGUUUCCUGUUUGUAGGAAACUUGCUGCAUCAUGAAUCUGAGUAGUUCUGGUUCUGAUCCAAACCGCUGCUGGUUUUCUGUGGAAUCAGACGUUUGGUUUCUGCAGGUUGGACCUGCUGCUGUUUUGGUUUCAGUCUGAAUCAUUUCCAGUCACUCGGUUCUGCAGGUCCGAUCCGGCCGCUGGGUCUGACUAACUCUUACUGGAAUGCAGCAGCUGCGUUUCCUGCUCUGAACUCCUCAUGGAUUUCACAACCGCAGCGACUGAUUGGCUGCUGGGAGGAACACAGCACUCACUGGAUCCGCCUGCGCGGCCCGGUUCUGUUUGUUAACGGGUCAGAACCGCAGCUGGACGUUUCCCUCUGACAGCUGAAUCCCUGCGGAUCGUCCCGUUGACGGAUCUACAGCAUCUGGAAGCAAAUCAGGAUUAAAAUGAUCCGGUUCUGGUUUCUGCUGCUGGUUCUGAUCCAGCUGAGUCAACAGAACCAGACAGGUGUUUCUCAAUGCGGGCCUCAGAACCUGACCGUCAGCCGAUCGGACCAGACGGUUCUGGUAGAGUGGGAAGACGCCGCGUCCUGCUCGGCUCUGAAUGACCCGAUUCUCUACAACGUGACGAUUCUGGUGGAGAACCAGGAAAUUCACUCAGACGGAGUCUGGGUGGCGCCGGGCCUUGUCGGGUCGGUCCACUCCUGGAACUGGACGUCUCCUCUGCCGAUGGACUGCGCUGCUCACACCGUCAGGCUGAGAGCCCAAAUCGACAACCAGCCGAGCCGGCCGGGCCAGGAGCGGACUCUGCCGGAUAAAGAAGCCAUUUACAACAGACCCGUCUUCCCCCAGGAUGCAGUGCUGCAGGCUGGCAGCUUGGCCUCCUUCUGCUGCAAAGUCCCAGACGAUCAACAGUUUGACAAAAUGCAUCUGGAUGGAAAUACAGGCAACACCACCAAGAUCAGCGAGCAUAGAUACGCCCUGACUGUGCGGCUGAAACCCGUCAAGGAGUCUGGUGCGGUUGUCCUCUGUGAAACCAAAUCAGGAAGAGAAUACGGCUCUAUUGUUUACAUUGGCUACCCGCCUGGUGACAAAGACCUUCAGUGUGAAACUCGGGAUCUGGAGUCGGUGGAAUGCCGUUGGAACGAAGGAAGAAACACGAUGGUGAAACUCAAGAGUCAGACGAGUUAUCAGCUGGAUGGAAGCCCGUGUGACUCCAGUUCAGAGUUAAGAUGCUCUAAAAGGGUAAAGAUUGGAGGCGGUGAGAGGAACUGGACUCUAACAGCUCAGAACGUUUUUGGACAAGUGGAGAUCCAAGACUCUGCAGAUCUGAGCAGAAGAGUUCACAUGUUUGCUCCACAUGGUCUCAGCGUUGGUGACGUGAAAGCCAGGAGCGUGAGGCUGAGCUGGAGCUGGACGGUGCAGCAGUACCACAGCCUGAACCUGAGCUGCCAGAUCAUCGUCUCUGACGGAUCCUUUCUGCAGAUCAAACAUGGAGUCGGACUGAAGGCGGCAGUUUUAACUGAUCUGAGGCCAAACUGGGAAUAUGAGGUGAAGGUUCGGUGUGGAACAGCCCAACAUUUCUGGACCUGGAGCGACUGGAGCAGCAGAGUUUCCUUCCACACGGAGGGCGAUGCUCCUGAUGCUCUGGAUGUGUGGAUGCAGAAGAAGGGAAACCAGACUGUGAUCGUUUGGAAGAAGCUUCUGGCCAAUCAGAGCCAUGGAGACGUCACCGGAUAUGAAGUAACCUGGGCCAGAACCGGCGGCUCGGAUCGGCUCAGCAAGGAGGAAGUCAGUGCCAGCGUUCAUGAGUACACUUUGGACGGGGAUGCCGUCGUCACGGUAACAGCGAAGAACCAGCAUGGCCGCUCCCCCCCAUCAAUCAUCACGGUUCCUGCCACCAGUUCAGCAGAUGAAACCAGUAUGAACCUGUCCUGCUUCACUGGGAGUGAUGGGGGCCUCAACCUGUCCUGGUUCCACCAUCCAGAAGCUAGCUGUGGCUACAUAGUGGACUGGUUCCCAGUGUUGGAGGAUGAUCCUGUUGACUGGUUAAAGCUGCCUCCCAGUCUGAACUCAGUCAGGAUAAAACCCAAGAGCGCCGCAGCUGGGCGGAGAUACUCGGUAUCCAUCUAUGCCUGCAGGGAUGGCGCUCCGAUGCUCCUGCAGAGGAAGGACGGCUUCUUCACAGAGAAACUUCCAGGAAAACAAACGAAGCUCUUCCAGCCUCUGUCCUACACACAGCGAGGCUCCGAUGUGGAGAUCCACUGGGAUCCGGUUCCCCUCACACAGCAGCCUGCUUGUAUCCAUGGAUACGUCCUGUACUACUCUAAAAACAAUGAUAAACCCGUCAGCGUGACCACAGAAAACCCAGCGGGCUCCAGCCUGACCGCCAGGAACCUGGAGAGCGGCUCCUACACCUUCACCGUGGCGGCGCGGACGGCGGGCGGAGCGUAUGGCAACACGACCUUACAGGUCCUCCUAAACGACCAGGACGGUUUGAGCAACAUCUUCAUCUCCCUGGGCGCCGUUUUCAUCCUCCUCUUCCUCAUCACUGUCCUGUGCUACAGACACUGGGCCUGCAUCAAGGAGACGUUUUACCCUGAGGUCCCGAAGCCAAACAUGGCCGACUGGUUCACUUCACCUGUGAAGAGCGUUAACCCUUACUAUCCGUCGGAGCUGGGUUGCCAUGGCGAGGAGAACAUGGCCGUCCCAGAGCUGCUCCUCAAACCUGCAGAGCCGCUGAACAACAACAACAGCGACCAGGAAGACAUGGCUGUGAUGUCACAGGCCCCGCCCCUCUACCAGAACAACCCGGCCCUGCGCCGCCACGCCGUCUCCACCGUGUUCCCCAACCUGACAUACAACCUGCCGGUGGCGGACCCAGAGCGGCCGGCGGACCCAGAGCGGCCGGCGGACCUGGAGCCGUGCGGCUACCAUCCCCAGAUUCAGGCUGAGGUGUUCGGUCAGAACCGGGCGGCCCAGAAACCCAUCAUCUGUGUGUCAGGGUACAUCAUGGUGCCACAGCAAAGCCAAUGAGCCGACAUAGAGAUGGAGGGAAACAUGAUGGAGACUCGGCAGAAUCAGGUGAAUUAAAUCUUUAAAGAUGUGAAUCCAACAAUCUGAUCCAAACAUGAACUUCAAAAUAAAACUCCUUCAGAUCGUCACAGGAUGGCAACAGUCACACCAACAUUACUGUCCAAACACGUGGCGACAGGAGAGAGGAACAGCAGAAUCACUGAACUAGGAAUGAAAACAGAACAAAAAGUUACUGAGAGCGACAACAACUGGAGAGAAGCAGGAAAAAUAGCAAACAGUAAGAUUCAUCACAAAGGAACGCAAAUCUUAAAAUGAAAGCAGCUAACGUCACACCGUAUGUAGCCUACAUGCUGGUAUGUAGCCUACAAGCUAGUAUGUAGCCGACAAGGUAGUAUGUAGCGUACAUGCUAGUAUGUAGCCUACAUGCUAGUAUGUAGCCUACUCAUUGUAAUGGUGAGUUUUCCUUCCAUCUUAACAUUUCUAAAUUACAUUUGAAACCAUCUGGAAUAUAAAAAUUUCAAACUGCUACUGAGCAUUUCGUACCGUAUUCUGUUUCCAAUACUUUGAACCUUUCCAUCUUCUUUUUGUUGUUCAUAAAUAAAAGAUUGUAAUAUUUCUAGUGCAAACAGAACAAGCUGAGACGCGUCCUGCUGUGCUGCUGUUUUAAAUGUCUGGAAACUGGAAGACUUGGACUAGGACUUGUCUUUUCUGCUGUUUGUUUUUUACUUAAAUUCAACAACUCUUAAAAGUUUAAAUGUUUGUAGAUAUUAAAUCUGUGUGAAUUAUUUUUGUUGUAAAUAAACCCUGCUAGUUCUUACUGAGCAGCUGGUGAUGAUGCAGAGCGAACAGCAGGGGGCGCCAGAGCCACAU